AUGGGUAGCUUGAAAUUCAACCAAGAACCAAUACAAGGUUUUCACGAUCAUGAAAACCAAUUCUUGAACCCUCUAGACCCCGAGGAAUUUAGGAAACAAGGCCACAAAAUAAUAGACUUUCUUGCUGAUUAUUACCAAAAUAUUGAAAGUUAUCCUGUUCUUAGCCAAGUUCAACCAGGUUAUCUUCGACAACAUUUACCAGACUCGGCUCCAGAUGCACCUGAACUUAUUGAAACCAUCAUCCUUGACAUUCAAAAACACAUAAUUCCCGGGAUAACCCAUUGGCAAAGUCCUAAUUACUUUGCAUAUUUCCCUUCAAGCAGUAGCACAGCAGGGUUUUUAGGUGAAAUGCUUAGCUUUGGGUUUAAUGUUGUAGGGUUUAAUUGGAUGUCAUCACCUGCUGCAACUGAACUUGAGAGUAUAGUUAUGGAUUGGCUCGGAAAAAUGCUUAUGCUACCAAAAUCUUUCUUAUUCUCUGGUAAUGGCGGAGGUGUGAUACAAGGGACAACAUGUGAGGCCAUUUUGUGUACCUUAGUAGCUGCAAGAGAUCAGUAUUUAACUCAGAAUGGGAUAAAAAAUGGGGGGAAGUUAGUGGUUUAUGGAUCCGAUCAAACUCAUAGUGCACUCCAAAAAGCAGCAAAAAUUGCUUGUAUUGAUCCCAAUAACGUUCGAGCAAUCAAAACAACAAAAACUACAUCCUUUUCUCUAUCCCCUAAAUUGUUGAAACACACAAUUGAAUCCGACUUAGCAGCUGGUUUAGUCCCUCUUUUUCUAUGUGCAACUGUAGGGACAACCUCGACAACUGCUAUCGACCCAAUUGGUCCUUUAUGCCAAGUUGCUAAAAAUUAUGGCAUGUGGGUUCAUAUUGAUGCUGCAUAUGCAGGUAGCUCAUGUAUCUGCCCAGAGUUCAGAAUUUUUCUUAAGGGUAUAGAAGGUGCAAACUCUUUUAGCCUUAAUGCUCAUAAAUGGUUGUUAACUCCUUUGGAUUGUUGUUGUUUGUGGGUUAAAGAUCCAACUGCUCUUACUAAAUCGCUCUCAACAUAUCCUGAGUAUUUAAGAAACAAAAUUAGUGAUACAAGGGAUAUUAUAGAUUAUAAAGAUUGGCAAAUCACAUUGAGCAGAAGAUUUCGUGCUAUGAAACUAUGGCUUGUGCUUAGAACUUAUGGUGUAGCCAACCUUCGGAACAUCAUUAGAAGUCACGUGAAGAUGGCUAUUCUAUUUGAAAAGCUUGUAGCUGGUGAUUCCAGACUGGAGAUUGUCGUCCCAAGAAACUUUGCUGUUGUCUGCUUUAGGGUUUCACCAUUUGCAUUAUCUGAUAAACAUGUAAAUUAUGAGAACAAUCGUGUUAUAGAUCGUACAAAUGAGCUAACUCGUGAGUUGUUGGAAUCCAUUAACGCAUCAGGAAAGUUAUUCAUGACUCAUGCGUUGGUUGAGGGAAUCUACAUGAUUCGUUUUGCUGUUGGUGCAACGCUCACAAGGUUUCACCAUAUCGUUAUGGCUUGGAAUGUGGUGCAAGAUUUCCUCCAUCAGAUUCUUGCUACUUAG